UAGAUGUUCGAGCAGUGAAUUUAUGUUGUUGACUAUGCUCACAAUCUUCAGGACUACAAAGUCAAGUACUCACAUAGAACGAAAAAAGUAACUGAAAAUGUGAAGAAGUUUGAUCUUUUCAAAAUGGUUAUUCCCCGUACAGUUGAAUGGUUCAAAGAUCAAAUUCCAACAGUGGAGCUGCGGAUCCAAACUGACAAGGUUACAGCCGAGAAGCUUGAAAGUCACGCGGUCGGAUCGGAAAUUCCACUUGCAUCAUACGACGCUGCUCGAUUAGAGGCGAAUAUCACUAUGGAGAAAUGGAAAAUCCUUACAUCAGUCAUUACCGAUAUCAUCUCAACCAAGAUCUCAACAUGGAAAACCCUCUCCGACACCGACGUCAAAUUUUUUGAUCGGAUGUAUCCAGAGUGCAAAAUUGGAUUCCAGUUCGAAACUCACGCCGCCACGCUUAUCAGGAUUAUAAUUGGUGUUGGUAUGUCGCCAUGGCAACGCAUCAGCGGUGUAGAACAGUGCAAUUUGUGUUGGAAAUAGUGCAUUUAAAGUGGAUAAAGCAUACAUUU